AGAACGACCAAGGUCAUGUUUGACUGGCCCAACAUCACAGUGCCCAGCUAUUCAGAGCAGGGCCUGAAACCAGGAGGUGAGGAGCUGCAGAGGUCUACAUGUGUCCUGGGCUUCUUCCCUGUCAUCUAUUAUAGCGCCCUCCUCUGUGUGGGAGUACCAGGUACACACACGAAUACACACACACAUGCAGGCACACACGCACACACUGUCCCUUCUCCAAAAUGAACACUCCAACGUUCCUGAGCAACAAGACAAAACAACAAUCACAUUAAUGGAUUGCGUUCAGUUCAUGUAAGCUGUGUUGUCAUUGUCGGUGUUGUUGUGGGGCUACAACAUCGACAGACGUGCCGAUCACGGUGAUGUGGUAUUGAUCCAACAUAGGCAGGGAUGGUUGUAGGGAGGGAGGGGAAGCAGGAGACUAGGGGGGUCAUCUGAGAUCAGCCGCCUGUAUUCCCUCACUCUGAAUCCUCCAGAUGACCUUUUGGAACUAAUUGCUCCCAGUGGGGAUUGAGAGGUAUAUGAGUUGGAGCGGAGGGCUGAAGACAGAAUGGGCACCAAUUGUUUCUAGUGGGAAUAUCCUGUUGUUGACUAGUCGCCGAAAAGAAACCCAGACUAUGAUAGCUGAUUGUAUAGAAAUACAGCUGAAAUCUAUGCAGCUACUGUAUGUCACACUACUGGAAGAAAAUAAAAACACACACACACACACACACACACACACAGACACACUGUUACGGCAGUCAGGGUAUAAAAAAACAGGGACUCUUGGAAAGACUAUGUGCUUGCUAAGAACAAAUAUCCUCCAUAGAAUAUCUACCGUAAUGCUGCCACGAGCCAAGUACACUAUAUAUACAAAAGUAUGUGGACACCCCUUCAAAUUAGUGGAUUCGACUAUUUCAGCCACACCCGUUGCUGAUAGGUGUAUAAAAUCGAGCACACAGCCAUGAAAUCUCCAAAGACAAACAUUGGCAGUAGAAUGGCCUUACUGAAGAGCUCAGUGACUUUCAAUGUGGCACCGUCAUUGGAUACCACCUUUCCAACAAGUCAAUUCGUCAAAUUUCUGCCCUGCAAGAGCUGCCCCGGUCAAUUGUAAGUGCUGUUAUUGUGAAGUGGAAACAUCUAGGAGCAACAAUGGCUCAGCCGCGAAGUGGUAGGCCACACAAGCUCACAGAAGUGGACCGUCAAGUGCUGAAGCGCGUAGUGUGUAAAAAUAAUCUGCCCUCGGUUGCAACACUCACUACCGAGGUCCAAACUGCCUCUGGAAGUAACAUCAGCACAAUAACUGUUCGUCAGGGUUUCCAUGGCCAAGCAGCCGCACACAAGCCUAAGAUCACCAUGCGUAAUGCCAAGCGUUGGAUGGAGUGGAGUAAAGCUCGCCGCCUUUGGACUGGGGCUGUUUUUCAUGGUUCGGGCUAGGCCUCUUAGUUCCAGUGAAGGGAAAUCUUAACGCUACAGCAUACAAUGACAUUCUAGACGAUUCUGUGCUUCCAACUUUGUGGCAACAGUUUGGGGAAGACCCUUUCCUGUUUCUGAAUGACAAUGCCCCCGUUCACAAAGCAAGGUCUAUACAGAAAUGGUUUGUCGAGAUCAGUGUGGAAGAGCUUGACUGGCCUAUUCUUAAAUUCUAUUCCUUACUAGAUUUGUGUGUAUUGGGUAUAUGUUGUGAAAUUGUUAGAUAUUACUUGUUAGAUAUUACUGCACUGUCGGAGCUAGAAGCACAAGCAUUUCGCUACACCCGCAAUAACAUCUGCUAAACACGUGUAUGUGACAAAUAGAAUUUGAUUUGAUUUUAAUCCCUCUCCCUCCCCUCUCUCCCUCUUCCCCCUCUCCUUCUCCACCCUGCCCUCUCUCUCUCCCCCACUCCCUCCCUGCCUCCCUACUCCCUCCCUGCCUCUCUCCACUCGCUCCCCCUUCAAUCUAUCAGUAAACAUACUUACUGCGGUGGCUCUAUCCCGGCUGGCAGCCCGUACUAAGAAGGCGCUGUAUGUGUACCUGCUGGCUCUGACCGGCUCUGACAUCCUCUCCCAGCUCUUCAUCAUCUUUGUGGGCUUUCUGCUAGAAACAGCUGUGUUCCACCGUGAAGUAGGUACAGUAGUACAGUGGAUAAGAAGGUGGAUGCGUAGCUAAUAGAUUACCAGUACAAAUCCUGGGCAUGGCACUGAAAAAAAGAACAAUUGGGAACAAUUGAGUUGAGAAAUUAGCAAAGGAUAACAUUUUAUUGUUUGCUGUAUGGAAUGGACGAUAAAGGUGUAGUGAUCUGUUUUGGGAGAAAGUUUGAAUUCUAAUCAACCUGUCUACUUGUUGUUUGAAGUACAGUAGAUCAACAUUGUCCCUGUGCUGCUCAUGUGAAUUUCCUUUCUCUUUGUCCUGACUUCUCACAUAAAACGUAGCUUUUGUGUUUAAUUGUAUUCUAGGUCCCCACCCUCCUGCUGCGCUCGGUUAGCAUGGCGGAGUUUGCUGCCAACCACGCCUCCAUCUGGGCCACCGUACCCCUAACCGUGGACCGCUACGUGGCGCUGUGCCACCCGCUCCUCCACCGCCAGAUCAGCUACCCGGCACGGGCGCGGCGGAUCAUCGCCGUCGUCUUUUUCUUGGCGCUGUUGUCAGGCGUACCGUUCUUCUGGUGGUCUGACAUGUGGCGUGUCGCCCGCCCGCCCACCUCCCUGGACUCCGCCCUCAUAUGGACGCACGUGACGAUAAUCUACUUCCUGCCGUGUAGCAUCUUCCUGGUUCUGAACUUGCUGAUCAUUCACCGGCUGCGGGCGCGGCAGAGACAGGUCCCGUGCCAGGAGGAGCGUGGUGGUGGUGGGGCCCGGUUGGCCCCGCGGCGGCGUCUGGGUAAGAGCACCGCCAUGCUGCUCGUCAUCACCUCUGCGUUCGCCAUUCUCUGGGCCCCCAGGACUAUAGUGGUCAUCUAUCAUCUAUAUGUGUCAUCAGUCCACAAGGACUGGCGGGUCCACCUGGCCUAUGAUCUGUCUAACAUGCUGGCCAUGCUCAACACUGCGGUCAACUUCUUCCUCUACUGUUUCGUCAGUAAGCCAUUCAGAGCGGCCGUGAGGGAUGUUCUAUUGCUAAGGGGGGGGUCCAUUGUACCACCGAAGAACCCUCCACCAUCAGCAGGCCCCCGCCAACGCCUCUACGUCCUCGCUGUCUAG